AUGAAGCGGCUACGGAACGUCCGGCGCGUGGAGCUGCCCCAGGGGUCCCUCAAGUGGGUCCCUGUUCUGGGGGAGCUACAGAAGACGCUCCAGAGGGGCGAGUACCUGCCCCUCCGCCCGCUGCCCAUGUUCGAGAGUAACUUUGUCCAGGUGACAAAUCGUGGGAGUCCUGUGUUUCUGCAUCACAGAACCAACAGGCUGACCAUGGGCGUCGCUGCCUCGCUGCCCGGCCUGGUGCUACCCGACAUCCUGCUGAUCGCCCAGCCUCCCCGAGGCAGGGACUGCGUCAACCUCGUGCUGACCAGGAUGAUACCCCUAGAUCUCGUGCACCUCUACGUUCACGACCUGUCCACUUGGCGCCUGAAGCUGCGGCUGAUCACCGGCCGCUACUACUACCUAGAGCUGGAUGCGCCUGAUUCUGAGGUGGACUUCCUGUUUGACCGCUGGAUCCGCCUCAUCAACCUUCUACGGGAGCCUGUCACCACCUGGGCCCCUAGGACCCUGCACACGCCCCCCCUGGACGUGUCCUUGGGCUCAGCGCCAGCCUCCACCUGGCACCUCCAGCAACAGUGCUACCGGAGACAUGCAGUGGCAGUACCUGGGCCCAUGUUUCCUUACAAGAUGUCGACAUCUCAGAAACAAAAGAAGGCCAAGGCCCUGAAGCGCAGGUUCAAGUCACAGGCUGUAGGCGACUCAGUGCCCCUCAUCUGGUCCCAGCUGGAGCGGGCUGACUUCCAGAAGAAAUCUGCAGAGAAGUGGGCCAGGGUCUGGAGAUCCCUUCAGGAUGCCCACGCAGACAGAUCUCACACCCACACCCAGGUUUCCGAAAAGGCCAGCAUCACCAUCCGUACCAUCUUCAGCAUCAUUUCCAACACGAUGAACCAUUCUCCAUCCUUGCCGAAGGCUGGUGCAGCUGACUCUGAGGGAGCCUCGGAGCAGCAUAGGCUGCUGGACACGCCUUCACGCUGUGUCGUCGGGGCCAGCACCGCCUUCCCCUUCCCGGGCACCUACAAUCACCUGGACAUGCUCCUGUGGCAGCAGGACCUGGAAGACCUCAUGGACCCCGAGUCCAGCACGCUGUCCUCGUCCUCCCUGGGCCCAGCCCCAGGCCUGCCUCCCGGCCCGCCCUCCUCACCCCCAGCUCCAAAGGCCCUGGCUGCACCUCCCCAGUGGGGGAAGCCCCCCGACAGCGAUGACCACCACAAGGACAGGGACCUGCUACCAGCAGGGGUCCCUGGGAGGGAGCUAUUGGCGACGGACCAGCCUGCAGUGCUGGUGGGGGUCCAGCUGACGGAUGUAGUGGAGAUGAGGGCCCAGGCGACCUCGCUGGAACUGCCGUACAGUACCACCAAGAAGGAAUCCCAGGAAGUAUUGAUGACCAAGACUCGGGAAAUUGCCAUAGAAGGCUUGCAGGGUAAGGGCAAGUGCGAGGACAGGGCCCACAAGGUCAAGGAGAAGAGAAUCCUGGAGCUGCCUGGCAUGAGGUCCAAGGAGGUGGGGCAGCAGAGGAGGUGGGUCAAAACCACAGAGCUGGCUGUUGAGGGCCCCCAUCCAGCGGAGCACAGCCGGCCCUUCUCCGUGGAGGGGCUGGCCCUAGCCAAGCUCAUGAUCAUGGCUGGCUCCAAGGACCAGCAUCAGCGGCCCACAGUGGUCACGCUGCCCUCCUGGCUCUCCAUGACCUCCCAGCCAUCUGCCCUGCCCUUCAGCUCCAACCAGAUGUCCCCGUUGGAGGAGACCCCCACGGCACCCAUGCUGGUGCGGGAGCAGCCAGAAUUGCACACCUGGGGGAUGGAAUGUGCCACCCAGCGACGGAUGGACAGCGAGGCAUCCUGGUACCCUGGGAGGCCCUUUAAGGGGCCUCUGCACGACCCUCGGUCCACCCCCAACAGCCCCAAGCUGGUCGCCUCCUCGCAGGUUCCCAUUGCCCUGCCCGCCUCACGGUGGGAGGACUUGUCGGAGCCGCAUGCCCCCACCAGGAUGGGUACCAGCAUGGCCAAGUCGCCCCAGGAGCAGCAGCAGCAGCAGCAGCCCCUGCGGAGGCCUUAUGAUCACUCCAGGGCACCCAGGCCACACCCACUGGCUAGGAUGGCCUCAUCUUCGGAAAUCCUACCCAUGCUCCUGGAGAUUGAGAGAAUGAGGGGCAUGGAGACCACCAAGGCACAAGUCCCCAGGGUGCUGUGCACCCCGACUGCACGCCGAGCGCCGGCAGGGCCGGGGGGCGCGCUGUCCUCCCUGUGA